AUGAGCGCAGAGCUGCAGGCAACCUUGGCUUUCCCGCCUACGGCGACUCACCAGCUUCGGCCUUUGCACUUGCCAUCCAGAACAGGUGCUAAUAGUCCAGAAGCGUCGGUCGGACGCGGCCUGUUGGAUGCGCCUGAGCCGCGAGCUUCAAAGACGCACUUCGAUCUGACGGCAAAGGCUCCAGACUCGCCGCGACGAAUCAUCAAUGGCACCGUGCCUGCGAGCCGACGUCGUUCGACCCUUUCAUACCGCAACAGCUCGAUCGACUGGCCUGCAGACGCCGUUAAGGGAAUCGCGAACGAGUCCGGGCCUUCCAGUGCUGUGCACAUGACCAUGGCGGAGCUGCAAGAACGCCACAAAGCCAAGCUCGCUGCCAAACAAUCGAGAGUGUCAGCAACGUUUGAGCUAGAGCUCGCGAAGCAGCAUUGGGAGCAAAAGGUCGCAGAAGAACGCAAGACGAUGCAUCUUCGCGAGCGCGUGCGCGCACACGAGGCCGCGGUGGCUGCAGCUCAAGCCGAGGAGCAGCUGCGCCAGCAAGCCUCCACAGGUGCAGCUCAGUCGCAGUAUCGUCGAUCGAUGAGUCAGCUCCUCAUACUAGGUGAAAGGGAUGGUAGCGCAAAGCAGGACGAGCGCUCGGAUGCGACACAACGCACAAAGGAAUGGCGCCAAAGCGUGCGCCUUUCCAAAGACGGCGCAUCGUCGAUGGAUCGCCUUCGAAGGUCGCGUCCCACAUCGAUGACACUCGAUCAUCAACCUGAGCUCAGCAACGACCCGACGGUCAGACCAGCAUCUGCUGGUGGCUUUAACCGAGAUCAGAAUCACAAAGCCGCGUACGAUAAGUUGGUGAGCUCACAAGUCCAUGCAGAGGUAUCGGAAAGAUAUCCUUCCAGGGCGAGCGCCAACCUCGAGAAGGUACACAGAACGCCGAAAGGAGAGCUUACGGAGCUAGACCGGCGUCGCAUUUCGCAAGGUGCUCUCGGCCGCCCUUUGAAGGGCUCCGGAAGCAACAAGACUCUGCUCGAUUUCGAACACACUGCGAUUGUCGAUCAAGCAUGGAACAAACGUAGCUCGCGCACUGUCGCGGGCAAGUAG